GCGGUUCCGGAGAGAUCGAGGGGAAGGCUGAAACCUGACCUAUUAAAAAGCUGGAGAAAGGUGAUGGACGGAAGAGUCAACCUAUCAAGGGGUGGUUUCCCGGAAGGGGCCGGACCCAAAAUGGCGGCGCCCACGGGUACCAGGAAGAGGUGCUCAUGUCGGGGAACGGAGCGGUGUGGGGGCGCGUGCGAUGCCGCCUCCGCGCCUUCCCCGAGCGCCUGGCGGCCUGUAGGGCUGAGGCCGUCGCCUACGGCCGCUGCGUGCAGGCGUCCACGGCCCCGGGCGGCCGCCUGAGGAAGGACCUCUGCGCGCAGGAGUUCGAGGCCCUGCGGCGCUGCUUCGCCGCCGCGCUUUUGGCAUUCCCACUGGGCACACCAGUCCCACCGGGUGCUCCCUCCUGCCACCCUUGCCAGCUCCCACCAUUGGGCCUCAUUCCAGGCCACUGCGGGCUGCUCUGCUGCAGGUGGGGGCACCACAAGCACCCACUUCUGUUCCCGCGGCCCCACGGGAUGUCCAGGGCUUCCCCGGGAACAGGCAGCCCAGCACGCAGGGCUCCCUCCCCAGACCCCGAGGAGUCAGCUCGGCAAGCUGCCCAGUGCGUAGAACUAUAACAAUUUAAAAUCGGC